AUGGUUUAUGUAUUAAAGUUAUUGCAGAUCCUAGAGAUUAAUUAUUUUAUUUUUACUAAUACUUUACUAGAUGUAUGUACGUUAGUAAAGCUAUCCCUUGAAUAUUAUUUGUGCGUUUCUAAAAUUGUGGAACAAGCAGUUUAUAAUCAAAGAUAUUUUAGGCUGCUAAUCUCUUUAAUUAAAGAAGUGAACGAAUUUCACUCUUGCAAAUAAUUUCUUAUCUCCCAAAUCUUUGAUCAUCAGAUCUUCUAAUUGCUUUGGAGAAUUUAUUUCUAAACACAAUCUAUUCUUACCAAAUAAAAACCUCUUUUAUUAUAUGUAAUAGCCGUACAGAUACACUAAACUCAUAACAGAGAUAGCUAUUAUUAUACAAUUUAUGAAGCAGUAGUAGAACGUUAUAUAACUCUACUUAAAAUAAAGAAAUUUCGAAAUUCUGUAUAUGUACAAAGCAAUAAUUGCUAUCUUUUAUAUUAUCCAAAAUUAGUGCCUUUUGUAAAAUGGUAUGAAUCCUAAUUCAAGCACUUUUGA